AUGUGCGACUGUUUCCACCUGGCCUUCCCCAACUGGCACGCCGCCUCCUCCGGGACGGCUGGUCGGAGGCUGAGAGCACCGGAGCCCGGGACAGAGGACGACUCGGUAUGUGACGAGCCGUCUCAGUUCACCGAGGGAGAGAGACCCCGGCCUCAGGGAUCGUCCCCCGUCGAGGAGUUUCCUGAAAAAUACACAAACGGCGACAAAGAGUGUGAAGCGGAGCAUGACCCACGGCUCAAGAGUGGAGGUGGAAAGAAAAGUAAAAAGUCUGGGCUUGGGUCCAUGUUUGAAAAGCGCUCGACUCCGAAGAUGAGUAAACUGAAGGAAGCUCACAGCCCCGAGUCUGAGGUGUUCGUGAAAACCACCACAGACGGAAGUGCCGAGGGCCUCGUUUACCGUGGAGGCGGCAAAGAGGGGAUCUUCAUCAAGGGAAUGGUGCCCGAGUCCCCGGCCUCGAAAAGUCUGAAACUGAAAGAAGGUGAUCAGAUCCUGAGCGCCACGGUGUAUUUUGACGACGUGCCGUACGAGGACGCCGUUCAGAUUCUGGAGCACGCUCAGGCCUACAGGGUCGAGCUCUGCCUGAAACGCAAACCAGACAUCACAGAGACCGAGGCAGCCAUGGAGUCGGACGUCAUCCCUGAGGAAGAGCUUGGCGCUCCAGAGAUGAGGGAACAAGGAAAAACCAAAAGGCGUGGGGAUGCUCGUAUUUCCUGGCCCAAGUUUCCCUCCUUUGGAAAAGGGCGGAAGACCCGUUUCACGAGGUCUCACAGUUCCUCGGAGGCCGAUGAGCAGAGGAAGCUGGAGCUCAGUCCCACAACAAGUGACACAGAAUCACCGAUAAAGACCCAGGAUACUCUGAAAGGCAAGAAGAGGCACAAGAUGAAGCUGUCCCUCCUGACAAAGAGAAGCCGAAUAAGUUCAUCUGAAGACACGGACGCUCCAACAAACGGACAAACCAGUAGCGACGUUUACCAGACGGCCUCAGAGAUGCUGGAGCCUGAAUGCCUCGACAGCCUCUCAGGAGAUACACCUCAAGUCUACGUAACCGAAGAAUUACGACUUGACCAAAAGGAUCUGACUGAUCCCCAAACUGCUCAACACAAGGUGGACCUCAUCUGUAUAGACAACACUUUGAAAACAACGGAUCUAACUGUGGCUCUGGCUGAUCAGGGAAGCUCCUCUGGUAUCAAGUCCCCAACGGAGAAGAAAAAGAAGAAGGAAAAGUCUGAGUUGAAGGUUAAAAUUUUGGGGAAGGAUAAAUCACACAAGAAGGAUUCAAAAGCAAAGGCCUCCCCGAAAAGGCUGAAGACUCUGGGGGCAAGUAUUGAAAUAGCAGAUCAACCUGUGAAGGAAAAAUCAGAUUCCCACACAGAACUGCAGAGAGAUCAGCCACCACUGGAUUCCAACUCCCAGAGGAUCAGCAGCGAAGCCUCAAGGGCAAAGCUGGUGACCACACAGAUGGAAAUGAGUGUACCAAAGGUUGAACUGGAUAUUUCCGAUGUCACAUUUUUUGGAAAAUCUCACCAGAAAGGUGAAGAACAAGCAAAGAAGGACAAGGAAGCGAAACAAAAAAAGGAAACAAAGACAUGUCCAUCAUUCAAACUGCCUAAAAUCGGCCUAGGUGACAUAACAACUGAGGAAACUAUACAAACGAGUGUACAUGUUGAAUGCCCGACUAAAAUGGAAAAGCAUAUCGUUCAGGGUCCAGCGCUGAAAGAUGAUCCUUACGACCGACUGUCCAAAAGCAGUCAGUCCAGGACACAACUUCCCAAACGUGAAGACAUUGAGAUCCCAGGUAUGGAGGACAGGUCUCUGAGAACCAAGGCCAAAGGAAUUAAAGAGCCUAAAGCGGUUUUAACAGGACGUUAUGAAGACAUUCAAACCGAAGAUGUCCAAAUGUCAAUUGAUGUUGACAGCGUGAAGGAAGCAGUUUCGAAAUUGCCCGGAUUUAAGCUGCCAAAGAUGGACACGUUUGGAAUGCCAAUCCCUGAAGAGAUCACUGUGAUAGAUGCAAACGCUCAGAGAAUAUCAGUGAAAACACCGACUAAAGUCGCAGAUGCAAGAUCAAAACAUGAAGCUCAUCUUAUUAAGUUUGACCUAGCAGCUGCUGAUUUAACCUCUGACGAACUUUUGAUUCAGACCAAGGUAGAUUACAACAAACCUGAAAAAGUCUUCAACAUCACGACAAAACAAAGUGACUACGAGAUGCAAAGUGAAAUCCAUAAACGGGAGGACAUUGUAAUUCCAGGCAAAGAAAGUGGGAGGAAAGAGACGAUAUUGCUCCAAGAAGUUACAACAUCACAAACUAAAACAAGGAAAGACAAGGGGCAGAUAGGAGGAGUCAUAUCUGACGUCAAAGAACCGGAACUCGAUAGCAUCGAAUACAUUGAUUCAGUAGGUGGUUCACCAGCUGAACGGGGUGGUGGCAUUAGUCUCAGAGGCUUUGGUGUUCAUCUUGAUGCUACAAGGCCAAGGGCGGACAUCUCCUCUGCAGACAUCCGAGGUGAAGACAAAGAAGUUGGACCAGAGAAGCUGGACAAGAAUAUAAACAUUGAUGGAGCAGAGAUAAAAGUACUUCAGAGAAGAGAUGAGAUCAAGUAUAAAAUACCAAAUGUUGGUGUUAGUCUCCGAAGUGUAGAUGUUGCUAUACAGGAGCAAAAGGUGGAGGUUGGAAAACCUGGGGUGGAAAUCAAACCUCUUCAGACUGAGGUGGAACUUGAUGGACAAGGAAGUAAGUUCAAGAUGCCAAAGCUUGGAAUUAAGGUGCCAAAAAUAAAAGGCCCUGAAUUUGAUCUUAGCUCAUCCAAGAAAGACAUUGAAGUCAAACUCCCAGAAGCUCCUGAGGUGAAUCUCACUCUUCGAAGCGUAGAUGUUUCUAUUCCAGAACAAAUGGUGGAAAUUAGAAAACCUGAGUUGGAAAUCAAACCUCUGCAGACGGAGGUUGAUUUUGAUGGACAAGGAAGCAAGUUCAAGAUGCCAAAGUUCGGAAUCAAACUGCCCCAAAUAAAAGGCCCUGAAUUUGAUCUUAGCUCGUCCAAGAAAGACAUUGAAGUACAACUCCCUGAAGCUAAAGCUGGAGUAAAACUCCCAGAAGCUCCUGAGGUCAAUCUCACUCUUGGAAGAGUAGAUGUUUCUAUUCCAGAACAAAAGGUGGAAGUUAGAAAACUUGAAUCGGAAAUCAAACCUCUGCAGACUGAAGUUGAACUUGAUGGACAAGGAAGCAAGUUCAAGAUGCCAAAGUUUGGAAUCAAAAUGCCCCAAAUAAAAGGGCCUGAAUUUGAUUUGAGUUUGUCUAAGAAAGAUGGAGAUGUCCAACUACCAAAAGCUAAAGCCGAGGUCAAACUCCUAGAUGCUCCAGGGGUUGAUGUCACUCUUGGAACUGUAGAUGUUUCUAUUCCAGAACAAAAGGUGGAAAUCAAAAAACCUGAAGUGGAAAUCAAACCUCUGAAGACUGAGGUUGAUCUUGAUGGACAAGGAAGCAAGUUCAAGUUGCCAACGUUUGGAAUCAAAAUGCCAAAAAUAAAAGCCCCUGAAUUUGACUUAAGCCUUUCAAAGAAAGACGCAGAUGUCACACUACCAGAAUUUAAAGCUGACGGGGAACUUCCAGAUGCUCCUGAGAUUGAUGCCAGUCUGGGAAAUGUAGAUGUUUCUUUUUCAGCACAAAAGAUGGAGAUACCAAACCCUGAAUUGCAAGUCAAACCCCUGAAGAUCGACGGUAAACCUGACGGACAAGGAAGCAAGUUUAAAAUGCCAGAGCUAGGAAUCACAAUGCCACAAGUAAAAGGACCUGAGAUUAAUUUUGGUCUAUCAAAGAAAGAUGAAGAUGUCACACUUCCUGAGGCCAAAGCUGAAGUAAAAGUCCCUGAAGUGAAAGCUAAAACAGCCGAGAUAAAAGUGACACAAAAACGUACAGAAGGUUCCGCAUUAAGAUUCAAGAUGCCAUCAUUCAAUCUACCAAAAUUUGGAAUGGGAGCUCCAAACAUCUCGGUAGAAGCACAUGAUAUCGAUAAAGAUGUUAAAAUCGAUGGAGCUGACCUGAAAAUCCCAGAAGAGGGGUCUGCUAUUAACAUUCCAGCUCCGACCAUUGACAUUGAGGGUCCUUCAAUAGAUCUGAAAACAACUGGAGCUGAUCAGGUUGGACAAGGAAGCAAAUUGAAAAUGCCACAUCUUCCAAAAGUAAAAGGUCCUGAAUUCGAUUUAAGCUUUUCAAAGAAAGAGGCAGACAAAGCUGAUGUUGCUCUUGGAAGCGUAGAUGUUUCUGUUCCAGAGCAAAAGAUGGAAGUUGGAAAACCUGAGCUGGACAUCAAAGCUCUUCAGACUGAGGUUGAAAUUGACGGAGAUGGAAGAAAGUUCAAAAUGCCAAAGUUUGGAAUCUCAAUGCCUAAAGUAAAAGGGCCUGACAUUGAUCUUAGCUGGUCCAAGAAAGAUAUUGAUGUCAAACUCCCAGAAGCUCCUGCAGUUGAUGUCACUCUUGGAAGCGUAGAUAUUUCUAUUCCAGAGCAAAAUGUGGUAGUUGAAAAACCUGAGGUGGAAAUCAAACCUCUUCAGACUGAGGUUGAUCUUGACGGACAUGGAAGAAAGUUCAAAAUGCCAAAGUUUGGAAUCUCAAUGCCAAAAGUAAAAGGGCCUGACAUUGACUUAAGCUUCUCAAAGAAGGAUGUCAAAUCACCAGAGGCUACGGCUGAGUUUAAACUCCCAGAAGCUCCAGAGAUUGAUGUUAAGCUUGGAAAAGCAAAAGUUUCGAUUCCAGAUGUAAAGAUGGAGGUUGAAAAACCUGAACUGGAGAUGAAAUCAUUAGACACUCAGGUUGAACUUGACGGACAUGGAAGCAAGUUCAAGAUGCCAAAGUUUGGAAUCACAAUGCCAAAAGUAAAAGGACCAGAACUUGAUUUCAGCUUAUCGAAGAAAGACGUAGACGUCAGACUACCAGAAGCCAAAGCAGAGGUCAGCCUCCCUGAUGUUGAACUUAAAGAACCUUCUACCAAAGUGGAGGUGAAAGCUCCUGAAAUUAAAGUUGCAGCUAAAGAUACAAGUGGAUCACCUUCAAGGUUCAAAAUGCCAACUUUUAGUUUCUCUAAACCUAAAGUCAAAGUGCCUGAUAUAGAUUUAAACGUUUCAAAGAAAGACACAGACAUCACAUCAACAGUCAAACUCCCAGAAGCCCCGAAAGUUGAUGUUAGUCUUGGAAAAGCAGAAGUGUUGAUACCAGAAGUGAAAUUGGAAGUUAAAAAGCCUGAAGUGCAAAUCAAACCUGUUCAGGCUGAUGUUGAAUAUGAAGGACAAGGAGGCAAGUUAAAAAUGCCAAAGUUUGGAAUCUCAAUGCCAAAAGUAAAAGGGCCUGACGUUGACUUGAGCUUCUCAAAGAAAGAUGUAAACUCACCAGAGGCUACGGCUGAGUUUAAACUCCCAGACGCUCCAGAAAUUGAUGUUAAGCUUGGAAAAGCAGAAUUUUCAAUUCCAGAUGUAAAGAUGGAGGUUGAAAAACCUGAACUGGAAAUUAAACCCUUAGACACACAAGUUGAACUUGAUGGACAUGAAAGCAAGUUCAAGAUGCCAAAGUUUGGAAUCACAAUGCCAAAAAUAAAAGGCCCUGAAUUUGAUCUUAGCUGGUCCAAGAAAGACAUUGAUGUCAAACUCCCAGAAGCUCCUGCAGUUGAUGUCACUCUUGGAAGUGUAGAUGUUUCUAUUCCAGAGCAAAAGAUGGAAAUUGGAAAACCUGAGGUGGAAAUAAAACCUCUUCAGACUGAGGUUGAUCUUGACGGACAUGGAAGCAAGUUCAAAAUGCCAAAGUUUGGAAUCACAAUGCCAGAAGUAAAAGGACCAGAAUUUGAUUUCAGCUUAUCGAAGAAAGAUGUAGAUGUCAGACUACCAGAAGCCAAAGCAAAUGUCAACCUCCCUGAUGUUGAAAUAAAGGAAGCUUCUGCCAAAGUAGACAUUAAAGCUCCUGAAAUUAAAGUUGCAGCUAAAGAUACGAGUGGAUCACCUUCAAGGUUCAAAAUGCCAACUUUUAGUUUCUCUAAACCUAAAGUCAAAGUGCCUGAUAUAGAUUUAAACGUAUCAAAGAAAGACACAGACAUCACAUCAACAGUCAAACUCCCAGAAGCCCCGAAAGUAGACGUUAGUCUUGGAAAAGCAGAAGUGUUGAUACCAGAAGUGGAAGUGGAGGUUAAAAAGCCUGAAGUGCAAAUUAAACCUUUGCAAGCUGAUGUUGAAUAUGAAGGACAAGGAGGCAAGUUCAAAAUGCCAAAGUUUGGAAUCUCUCUGCCGAAAGUAAAAGGGCCUGACGUUGACUUGAGCUUCUCAAAGAAAGAUGUCAAAUCACCAGAGGCUACGGCUGAGUUUAAACUCCCAGAAGCUCCAGAGAUUGAUGUUAAGCUUGGAAAAGCAGAAGUUUUGAUUCCAGAUGUAAAGAUGGAGGUUGAAAAACCUGAACUGGAGAUGAAAUCAUUAGACACUCAAGUUGAACUUGAUGGGCAUGGAAGCAAGUUCAAGAUGCCAAAGUUUGGGAUCACAAUGCCUAAAGUAAAAGGACCAGAAAUCGAUUUCAGCUUAUCAAAGAAAGAUGUAGACGUCAGACUACCAGAAGCCAAAGCAGAGGUCAGCCUCCCUGAUGUUGAACUAAAGGAAGCUUCUGCCAAAGUAGACAUUAAAGCUCCUGAAAUUAAAGUUGCAGCUAAAGAUACAAGUGGAUCUCCUUCAAGGUUCAAAAUGCCAACUUUUAGUUUCUCUAAACCUAAAGUCAAAGUGCCUGAUAUAGAUUUAAAUGUAUCAAAGAAAGACACAGACAUCACAUCAACGGUCAAUCUCCCAGAAGCCCCGAAAGUAGACGUUAGUCUUGGAAAGGCCGAAGUGUUGAUACCAGAAGUGAAAGUAGAAGUUAAAAAGCCUGAAGUGCAAAUUAAACCGGUGCAGGCUGAUGUUGAAUAUGAAGGACAAGGAGGCAAGUUCAAAAUGCCAAAGUUUGGAAUCUCAAUGCCAGAAGUAAAAGGACCAGAACUUGAUUUCAGCUUAUCAAAGAAAGAUGUAGAUGUCAGACUACCAGAAGCCAAAGCAGAGGUCAGUCUCCCUGAUGUUGAACUAAAGGAACCUUCUGCCAAAGUGGAGGUGAAAGCUCCUGAAAUGAAAGUUGCAGCUAAAGAUACAAGUGGAUCACCCUCAAGGUUCAAAAUGCCGACUUUUAGCUUCUCUAAACCUAAAGUCAAAGUGCCUGAUAUAGAUUUAAACAUAUCAAAGAAAGACACAGACAUCACAUCAACAGUCAAACUCCCAGAAGCCCCUAAAGUAGAUGUUAGUCUUGGAAAAGCAGAAGUGUUGAUACCAGAAGUGAAAGUGGAAGUUAAAAAGCCUGAAGUGCAAAUAAAACCUUUGCAAGCUGAUGUUGAAUAUGAAGGACAAGGAGGCAAGUUCAAAAUGCCAAAGUUUGGAAUCUCAAUGCCAGAAGUAAAAGGACCAGAACUUGAUUUCAGCUUAUCAAAGAAAGAUGUAGAUGUCAGACUACCAGAAGCCAAAGCAGAGGUCAGUCUCCCUGAUGUUGAACUAAAGGAACCUUCUGCCAAAGUAGAGGUGAAAGCUCCUGAAAUCAAAGUUGCAGCUAAAGAUACAAGUGGAUCACCCUCAAGGUUCAAAAUGCCGACUUUUAGCUUCUCUAAACCUAAAGUCAAAGUGCCUGAUAUAGAUUUAAACGUAUCAAAGAAAGACACAGACAUCACAUCAACAGUCAAACUCCCAGAAGCCCCGAAAGUAGAUGUUAGUCUUGGAAAAGCAGAAGUGUUGAUACCAGAAGUGAAAGUGGAAGUUAAAAAGCCUGAAGUGCAAAUCAAACCUUUGCAAGCUGAUGUUGAAUAUGAAGGACAAGGAGGCAAGUUCAAAAUGCCAAAGUUUGGAAUCUCAAUGCCAAAAGUAAAAGGGCCUGACGUUGACUUAAGCUUCUCAAAGAAAGAUGUAGAUGUGACACUACCCGAGGCCAAAGCAGAAGUCCAACUCCCUGAUGUUGAACUCAAAGACCCUUCUGCUAAAGUGGAAAUUAAAGCCUCUGAGACUGAAGGUCAUGUGGACGGAUCGCCAUCAAAAUUUAAAUUGCCGACAUUCAAAUUUCCUAAAUUUGGAGUUGGCACCCCAACCAUCACUGCGGAGGUACCUGAUAUGGACAAAGACAAAGCUACAGUUGAUAUUGCAGCACAGAAGGUUGAUAUUGAGGGUCCAUCUCUUGAUGUGAAGAUGACAGCAACUGACGGUGAGGGAAAAGAAAGCAAGUUCAAAAUGCCAAGUUUUGGAAUAUCAAUGCCAAAGGUGCAAGGGCCCAAAAUUGAUUUAAGCUUAUCCAAAAAAGAUGUGGAUGUCAAAUCACCAGAGGCUAUGGCUGAGCUUAAACUCCCAGAAGCUCCAGAGAUUGAUGUUAAGCUUGGAAAAGCAGAUGUUUCGAUUCCAGAUGUAAAGAUGGAGGUUGAAAAACCUGAACUGGAGAUGAAAUCAUUAGACACACAAGUUGAACUUGACGGACAUGGAAGCAAGUUCAAGAUGCCAAAGUUUGGAAUCACAAUGCCAAAAGUAAAAGGACCAGAAAUCGAUUUCAGCUUAUCAAAGAAAGAUGUAGACGUCAGACUACCAGAAGCCAAAGCAGAGGUCAGUCUCCCUGAUGUUGAACUAAAGGAACCUUCUGCCAAAGUGGAGGUGAAAGCUCCUGAAAUCAAAGUUGCAGCUAAAGAUACAAGUGGAUCACCCUCAAGGUUCAAAAUGCCGACUUUUAGCUUCUCUAAACCUAAAGUCAAAGUGCCUGAUAUAGAUUUAAACGUAUCAAAGAAAGACACAGACAUCACAUCAACAGUCAAACUCCCAGAAGCCCUGAAAGUAGACGUUAGUCUUGGAAAAGCAGAAGUGUUGAUACCAGAAGUGAAAGUGGAAGUUAACAAGCCUGAAGUGCAAAUUAAACCGGUGCAGGCUGAUGUUGAAUAUGAAGGACAAGGAGGCAAGUUCAAAAUGCCAAAGUUUGGAAUCUCAAUGCCAAAAGUAAAAGGGCCUGACGUUGACUUAAGCUUCUCAAAGAAAGAUGUCAAAUCACCAGAGGCUACGGCUGAGUUUAAACUCCCAGACGCUCCAGAAAUUGAUGUUAAGCUUGGAAAAGCAGAAGUUUCAAUUCCAGAUGUAAAGAUGGAGGUUGAAAAACCUGAACUGGACAUGAAAUCAUUAGAGACUCAGGUUGAACUUGACGGACAUGGAAGCAAGUUCAAGAUGCCAAAGUUUGGGAUCACAAUGCCAAAAGUAAAAGGACCAGAACUUGAUUUCAGCUUAUCAAAGAAAGAUGUAGAUGUCAGACUACCAGAAGCCAAAGCAGAGGUCAGUCUCCCUGAUGUUGAACUAAAGGAAGCUUCUGCAAAAGUGGAGGUGAAAGCUCCUGAGAUUGAAGCUCAGGUGGGCAGCAUGAAAGGAUCACCUUCAAAGUUUAAACUCCCAACAUUUAAAUUCCCCAAAUUUGGAGGUGCUACUCCAAAUGUCAGCGCUGAAGUACCUGAUGCAGAACACGAAAUCAAGAUUGAUGGAGCUGGGAUAUCUGUGCCAGACACAGAUGUUGAUGUGGAAGUGAAAGGAGGGGAAGUGGAUAUGAAAGCACCAGAAGUGGAAGCAGAGAUUGACAGACAAGGAAGCAAGUUUAAAAUGCCAAAGUUUGGCAUCUCAAUGCCAAAGGUGACAGGGCCUGAAAUGGAUUUAAGUUUAUCAAAUAAAGAUGUAGACGUGAAAAUACCAGAGGCCAAAGCUGAAGUCAAACUCCCUGACGUUGAUCUGAAGCAACCGUCUGCUGAGGUGGAAAUAAAACCUCCUGAGAUCAAAGUUGUGACAAAGGACACAGAUGGAUCGCCAUCCAAAUUCAAAAUGCCAACAUUCAAAUUACCCAAAUUUGGAAUUGGCGCUCCAAGCUCCAGCAUAGAAGUACCCGAUAUGGACAAAGAUGUAAAGAUCAAUGGAGGUGACAUUGAAAUUCCUGAAGGGGUUGUUGCAGUGGACAUUGCAGCACCAACAAUUGAUACUGAAGGUCCAUCGAUAGAUUUGAAAACUACAGCAACUGAACGCGAAGGAAAAGGAAGUAAGUUUAAACUGCCAAGUCUCAGUUUUUCUGUGCCUCAAGUCAAAAGCCCUGACGUGGAUUUAAGCUUAUCAAAGACCGGUGUAGAUGUGACUUUACCAGAAGCUAAAGCCGAUGUUCAGCUCCCUGAUGCUGAAGUGAAGGAACCAUCUUCCAGUGGAGUGGAAAUUAAAGCUCCUGGAAUUGAAGUUCACGCAAGUAAUGUUGAAGGAUCACCAUCAAAGUUUAAAAUGCCAACAUUCAAAUUACCGAAAUUUGGAGCUUCUUCAACACCGGUCGGCGUGGAGGUACCUGAUGUGGACAUUAAAGUGGACGGGGGGGAUCUGAAAUUACCAGAAGUUAAAGCUGAGGUCAAACUUCCUGGUGUUGAAAUCAAGGAGCCGGUUCAGGGAUCGAUAUCAAUUGAUAUGGCAGAGGGUGAGGCAAAGGUGAAAAAGACAAGCUGGACAUUACCAACAUUUUCAUUUUCAAAGUCAAACAUUAAGAGCCCCGAGGCUGAGGUCAACCUUGUUACCCCAAAGGUUGAUGUUUCACUACCAGAGGUCAAAGCAGAGGUUCAUCUUCCAGAUGUAGACAAAGAAUCAAGCAUUUCAGUAGAAGGGGCAGCUAACACGGACCUUGAUGCCAAAUUGAAAAAGCCAAAGUUUUCAAUGCCCAAAUUUUCAUUUUCAAAGCAAAGUUCAAAAGAUCAUGAAGUUGAUGUCAGUCUUCCAGAAGUUGAUGUUUCUCUUCCAGAAGGAAAUGUUGAAGUUACAACAUCUGAUGUGGAUCUGAGGCCAACAGAAGUUGAUAUCAAACUAGACGGGCAGGAGAGCAAGUUUAAAAUGCCAAAGUUUGGCAUCUCAAUGCCAAAAGUAAAAGGACCUGAUAUUGAUUUAAGCUUUUCCAAGAAAGAUGCCGAUGUGACACAACCCAAGGCUGAGGUUGAAAUCCCAGAAGGUCCAAAAAUAGAUGUAAAACCAUCUGAGAGUGAAGCAGAAAUUGAUGGACAAGGAGGCAAGUUUAAAAUGCCAAAGUUUGGAAUCACAGUGCCAAAGGUAAAGGGGCCUGAAAUAGAUCUGAGCUUAUCAAAGAAACGCUCUGAUGUCACUUUACCAGAAGGUAAAAUUGAAGUCACUCUGCCCAGUGCUGAGAUCAUAGAGCCUGAAGGAGCCAUGUCACUGCCAGAUGCACCUUCAGUCGAGACGGAAGCCAAGUCGACACGACCAAGCUGGACAUUUCCCAAAUUUUCUUUUUCAAGAACGAGUGGUAAAGCCCCCGAAGUUGAUGUCAACCUUGAAUCACCAAAAGCUGAUAUGGCAUCACCGGAGCUGGAAGCAGAAGUUUGUCUUCCACACGUUGAAGUCAAAGAACCUUCAGGGAUUAUUUCAGUGGAAGAGCCACCUGCUGUAGAACUCGAUGGAAACGUGAAGAAAUCUAAAUUUUCAUUACCCAAAUUUUCUUUUUCAAAAAGUGUAACAAUACCUGAAGUCAGUGCUGAGCCUCCACGUGUGGACGUUUCUCUUCCAGAAGGAGAAGUAAGAGUCAUCCAACCUGAAAUGGAAAUCAAAGCUCCUGAACUCAAUGUGACACUGACAAAUGUUAAAGCAGAAGUCAAACUCCCUGGAGUGGAAGUCAAGGAAUCUUCUGCUAAUGUGGAGACUGAUGCUGGAGGAUCGCCAUUAAAGUUUAAAAUGCCAUCAGUGAAAAUGACGAAAUUUGGAGGUGCUGGCUAUGAUGUCACGGUAGAAGCACCUGACGCAGACAAAGCUGAAAUAGAUGGAGCUAAACUUGAGGAGGAUGUUCCUGUUGAGAUUAAAGCUCCAGGUGUUGAAAUAAAAACUGACUCUGAGACACCAAAGACUGAGACUGACAGUGCGGGUCAUGGAUCUCCGAGUAGAUUCAAACUACCAUCCUUUAAAAUGCCGAAGCUGAGUUUCUCAAAACCCAAACCUGAGGAAGAACAUGGUGACCACGACGGCCAAGAAGUUCAGCCAGAAAGAGAAGAACAGACCAAAUCCCCAAACCUGACUCUGACAGCUAUUGGUGAAAUCUUCAAGAACAUUGAUGUUGAAUUUGAUGUUUCACCAACAGACAAAGUGGAAGACAAUCUCAAAGCUUCAAAGGAAUCUCAUGAGACCAGUGAGCCCAGUGGAAAGCAGUUGGAUGCAAAGGAAAAGGAAACAAACGCCAAGGAGGACACUCCCAAAAGUCCCGAGAGGACAGGGUGGUUUAAAUUCCCCAAGUUUGGUCUGUCCUCCCCAUCGGAAACUGCCAAGACGCCGGAAAAAGACGAGCACAAGAAUGGAACGACCCCAGAAACCGGGGAUGAGGAAGUGAGCCCCACCUGCUCCGUCCAGUCCUCAGACGCUUUUGCUGACAUCAGCUCCACAAUGACCAGCGAGCUCGGCGGCCCGUCCACAUCUUCUACAACCAAGGUCACUGUCAAGUACUCUGAUCCCAGCGCUGCUCUGAGCCUCGAGGAGAUUCACGGCAACGUCAUUACUUCAACCACGAGGACCCAAGUGGUUUCCUUAGAGCCACACCUGCCCGAGAAAAUCACCAUCCUGUCAUCGGAAGUUUCAUCGUCAUCAGAAGACACGUUCAGACCGGAUCCUGGAUUCUUAGACGCCAUCACGGCAAAGCUCGGAAGACGUGCUCAGCUCCGAUCUCCCCUCCAGUCACAGGGUGAGGGAGCUGCUUCGUGGGCGGUCGAAGAUUCACUCGACAAGUGGUCGCUCUUCGGCGACGACUUUGUUCGAGAAACAUCGAGUGAAAGAAGUGAGAGCAAGGAAACAAUCGUCAUAACCAAACAAAUUACACGUGUGUUCGAAUCCUCGGAUGAAACCUCAAGUGACGCGGCCACAUCCGUCCAGCGACUGAGAGACUCUGUGCACUCGGACAAAAUGAGGUUCUUCGACGGAGCCGAGAAGUGA